GGUUGGCCAAAUUCUCUCUUUUGAGGCGCCGCGCCAGGGCGGUGGUGAGCGCCCUGCAUGCGCGCGCCUUCCUCGAUUUCUGGUGUCGCCGCUUGAUCCAUCCCAGCUCCCCUUCCCCAAUUGCUCGCUCCCUCCAUCGAUCCUACAAUCCGAUCGCGCCCCUAUCUGAUCGAUCGAUCCCAAAAUCCUUUGUAUCGUCAUGCUGGCGCCGGGGGAAAUGUUGCUCAUAGCUCGCGAGUGCCCCGCCAGCGGCUGCUCGCAGUGGAUUUUUAGGUAUCUCAAGGAUUGCGUGUGCGAUGUGAAAGAUGGAGUCUCCUUCUCGCUGGGGCUGAUCAGCGUUUUGAGCUGGGGCAUUGCCGAGGUCCCCCAGAUCAUCACGAAUUACAAGGAGAAAUCCACCGAGGGUGUCUCGCUUGUCUUUCUCAUGACUUGGGUCGUUGGGGAUUUUUUCAAUAUCGCGGGGUGUCUACUCGAGCCAGCAACUCUCCCAACGCAAUUCUACAUGGCACUGCUUUACACCUUGACAACGCUCGUCCUCGUCGCUCAAACAAUCUAUUACGGACAGAUCGCCAAACGCCACAGGCCUGACUCACCCUCCAUCGAAGAGCCCUUGAUCCCUCCAGAGAAACAGGCAAGGCGAGCGCAAGAGACACCGGUGACCCCCGUGACGAGCCAGCCGAUAUCUUCCAUAAGCGUUCCAAGCCCGAGUCCUCGACAGUUCUACUACACAUCUGCGAGAUCCUUGACGCGAAGCCACACACCCACAGCUGGUUCUUAUCUAUCCACCUCAGGUGUUAAGAGAGGGGACUACUUAUCUUCUCAUCCAUCUCUGUCGAAUCUCCAAGCUGUCGAGGCCCAGAUUGUUGCCGCGUCGCAUCUGGGAAAAUCAGAGCCCAGGAUGAUCAGAUCAGUGGCUGCUAGUUUGAUGAUGUUUGGUGGCUAUGCAUUACACUCUCGUUGGGAGUCGCAAGCUAGGUCCUCGUCUGGUGGUCAUGUCGUCUUCAGCAGCGCGAGACGCCUCCUGCAGGACUCUGGAAGUCACAGUAGAGCUGGAGAGAUGCUCGGGUGGGGAAUGGCCGCGAUUUACAUGGGUGGAAGGGUACCUCAAAUCUGGCUCAAUAUUACGAGAGGAACAGUGGAGGGUCUCAAUCCGAUGAUGUUCUUCUGCGCGCUAAUGGGAAAUGCUACAUACGUUGGAAGCAUCCUCGUCCGGAGCACGGAUUGGACCAAGUUGAAGCCCAACAUGCCAUGGCUGGUGGACGCUGCUGUUUGCGUUAUUCUGGAUUUUUUCAUUCUUGCGCAAUUUUGCUACUACCACCGCUUCGUGACAAAGUGUAACAGCCAGAACAGUGGCUCCGAGGAAGGGCUUGUAGAGAAACAGAAUGUUUGAUAGAGCGAGAGCUUCGUUUUAGGAAGAUCAAUUGGAGAUUCUCAAUGUUUUAUAAAGGUUGAAUAUUUUCAACGAUUUGCUAAAGGUUGUAUGUUU